GGGUCCGCGCGCGGUGCCCUCCUUCGCCACACUCACACGAACGCACGCGCGCGCGCGCAGGGCCGAGCCCAGGACAGCUCGCCGACAGUUUGCACUGGCAAGCGACCUGCUCCGGUCUCGCAGCGCCCAUGGCAUCUCCUGGCUCCGGCUUUUGGUCCUUUGGGUCUGAAGACGGCUCCGGGGAUCCUGAGAACCCCGGCACAGCGAGAGCCUGGUGUCAGGUAGCCCAGAAGUUCACCGGCGGCAUUGGAAACAAACUGUGUGCCCUGCUCUACGGAGACGCCGAGAAACCGGCGGAGAGCGGCGGGAGCGAGCCCCCGCGGGCCACCUCGCGGAAGGCCGCCUGCCCCUGCGACCAGAAGCCGUGCAGCUGCGCCAAAGCCGAAGUCGACUAUGCUUGUCUGCACGCAACAGACCUGCUGCCAGCAUGUGAUGGAGAAAGGCCCACUUUGGCAUUUCUGCAAAAUGUUAUGGACAUUCUGCUUCAAUAUGUGGUGAAAAGUUUUGAUAGAUCAACCAAAGUGAUUGAUUUCCAUUACCCUAACGAGCUUCUUCAACAGUAUAAUUGGGAAUUGGCAGACCAGCCCCAAAAUUUGGAGGAAAUUUUGAUGCAUUGCCAAACAACUCUAAAAUAUGCAAUUAAAACAGGGCAUCCCAGAUACUUCAAUCAACUUUCCACUGGACUGGAUAUGGUUGGAUUAGCAGCAGACUGGCUUACAUCAACAGCAAACACAAACAUGUUCACCUAUGAAAUUGCUCCUGUAUUUGUGCUUUUGGAAUAUGUCACACUAAAGAAAAUGAGAGAAAUCAUUGGCUGGCCAGGGGGCUCCGGUGAUGGGAUCUUUUCUCCUGGCGGCGCCAUAUCGAACAUGUACGCCAUGCUGAUCGCCCGUUUUAAGAUGUUCCCAGAAGUCAAGGAAAAAGGAAUGGCUGCCGUCCCCAGGCUCAUUGCCUUCACCUCUGAGCAUAGUCAUUUUUCUCUCAAGAAAGGCGCUGCAGCCUUGGGGAUUGGAACAGACAGCGUGAUCCUCAUUAAGUGUGAUGAGAGGGGAAAAAUGAUUCCAUCUGAUCUUGAAAGAAGGAUCCUUGAAGUCAAACAAAAAGGGUUUGUUCCUUUCCUUGUGAGUGCUACAGCUGGGACCACCGUGUAUGGAGCGUUUGAUCCCCUCUUAGCUGUCGCUGAUAUUUGCAAAAAGUAUAAGAUCUGGAUGCAUGUGGACGCAGCCUGGGGUGGGGGAUUACUGAUGUCCCGGAAACACAAGUGGAAACUGAGCGGCGUGGAGAGGGCCAACUCUGUGACAUGGAACCCGCACAAGAUGAUGGGUGUCCCUCUGCAGUGCUCUGCUCUUCUGGUUAGAGAAGAGGGAUUGAUGCAGAGCUGCAACCAGAUGCAUGCCUCCUACCUCUUUCAGCAAGAUAAACACUACGACCUGUCCUAUGACACUGGAGACAAGGCCUUACAGUGUGGACGCCAUGUUGACGUUUUUAAAUUAUGGCUAAUGUGGAGGGCCAAGGGGACCAUUGGAUUUGAAGCACAUAUUGAUAAGUGUUUGGAGCUGGCGGAGUAUUUGUACAAUAUCAUAAAAAACCGAGACGGUUAUGAAAUGGUGUUUGACGGAAAGCCUCAGCACACAAAUGUCUGCUUCUGGUAUGUGCCUCCCAGCUUGCGUGUCCUGGAAGACAAUGAAGAGAGAAUGAGUCGCCUGUCCAAGGUGGCUCCAGUGAUUAAAGCCAGAAUGAUGGAGUAUGGGACCACGAUGGUCAGCUACCAACCCCUGGGAGACAAGGUCAAUUUCUUCCGCAUGGUCAUCUCAAAUCCCGCAGCAACUCACCAAGACAUUGACUUCCUGAUUGAAGAAAUAGAACGCCUGGGACAAGAUUUAUAAUAACCUAAGCUGUUUCAAUUCUCUAGAGAACAUGCCUUCAGCUAAGCUCCCUGCUGAGAAAUCUACUUCGAGAAUUGUGUGAUUUCACAAAACACAAGAUGAACACUACUUCAUCUCUGAGAAUAAAAGAAACCAAUAGUGGACAGUCUCAAGCUGCCAAAUGGCACGUAUGGACACUGCUGGGGUUUGGAGUAGGUGCUGCUCCCCAGAAAAUGGACAAAGCAAGCAUAGGUGUAAAUAUAGUGGCGGGACAAGGAAUAGAAGAACCUCACAGUGGGGGUCAUCUUGCACGUGCUCUUCUGUUUUCAAACGCUAAGUAAAACACUGUGUAUUUAUUAGUUAAGUGUGCCAAGACACUAUUCCAAAUUGGUGUUUCUGAAAGACACUGACAUCUCUCCAACACUACUCAUUACUAAAGACAGAAAAAAAUAUAUAUAAACAUGUGGCAGCCUGUUCUUACCAACUAUAAACUUGUGUAUGAUCAAAGUAUUUUAUCUGUGUUGUCUCUCUAAACCCAAAUAAAUGUGUAAAUGUGGACCCA